AUGGUCACCGGACUUAACCUAACUAACUACAAUAUCACCGAAUCAAUCCCACCGUCCAUUUGUGACCUAAAAAACCUGACCAUGCUUGACCUUUCCUACAAUUGCUUCACAGGAUAUUUCCCCACAAUUCUUUACAACUGUUCAAACCUCCAGUACCUAGACCUCUCCCAAAACUACUUCGUGGGUCCCAUCCCGUCCAAUGUUGACCGCCUCUCCUCCUCCCUCUGGUACAUUGACGUUGGCGCCAACAGCUUCUCCGGUGACAUCCCGAGGGUGAUCGGCCGGUUGCCGGAGCUGCGGUUCUUGAAGUUGUACACGAACGAGUUCAACGGCAGUUUUCCGGCUGAAAUCGGAAACCUGUCGAAUUUAGAGGAUCUGAGCAUGCCUUACAAUCCCCUGUUUACUCCGGCAAAAAUUCCGCCGGAGUUUGGAAAACUGAAGAAACUGACUUUCUUGUGGAUCACCCAAGCCAAUUUAAUCGGCGAAAUACCAGGAAACUUUUCGGGUUUGUCGAGUCUUGAGUGGUUGGAUUUGUCUUCUAAUGAUUUAGAGGGUCCAAUUCCAAAAGCUCUGUUUCAACUGAAAAACUUGAGUGUUGCUUAUUUGUAUAGCAAUCGAUUAACAGGUGGAAUUCCGACCCCUAUCCAGUCAUUGAACUUGACCAAGAUCGAUUUAUCAAAUAAUAAUUUGAGUGGAUCAAUUCCAGAGGAUUUUGGGAAGUUACAGCAGUUGGAGUUUUUGCAUCUGCAUUUCAAUCUAUUUUCCGGCGAAGUUCCGGCAAGCAUCGGACUACUUCCGGCACUGACGACAUUGAGUCUUCGUUCCAAUUUGCUUCAAGGACCUCUUCCUAUUGCACCCCCCUUCCUACGAAGAUUUUUGAUCUCAAACAACAGUCUUAGCGGAGAGAUUUCGUCAUUGAUUUGCAGUGUGAGAUACCUUGAGAUUCUUGAUUUGUCUCACAACAAAUUGAGCGGUGCAGUUCCACAAUGUUUGGGAAAUUUUAGUAGUGUUCUCUCGGUUUUGAAUCUGCGCUCCAACGGAUUUACGGGAACCAUUCCCUUGGCAUUUGCAAAGCCCAACCAUUUACGAAGUCUCGAUUUGAGUGGAAAUCAUUUUGAAGGACCACUUCCAAGAUCUUUGGUAAAUUGUAGAAGCUUGGAAGUUCUAAACGUGGGAAACAACAAGGUUAAUGAUACAUUUCCAAAUUGGUUGGAGACUCUUUCUGAGUUGCAGGUUCUUGUCAUACGAUCCAACCGAUUUCAUGGUCCUAUAAACACUGUAAUGAGUGAAUUUUCUUUUUCUAAGCUUCGAAUUGUUGACCUCUCUUACAAUGAGUUCAAUGGCCAUUUGCCAACGAGCUACUUCGAAAAUUUCCAAGCUAUGAAGAACACAACUAUUCCUAGCAAACAAUACAUGAAUGUGGGGGAUAGUUAUUAUCAUUAUUCUCUCAUGGUAACAAUGAAGGGACUUGAGAUCCAACUGGUGAAAAUUUUGACUAUCUUUACAACGAUUGACUUUUCAUCCAACAAUUUCAGUGGAGAGAUUCCAAAUGCCAUUGGAAAGCUCAAUUCCCUCAUACUGCUUAAUUUUUCUCAUAAUACUCUUACUAGUCAUAUUCCAGCAUCUUUGGGGAACUUGACAAACCUUGAAUCAUUGGACAUAUCUUUUAACCAGCUAAUGGGGAAAAUUCCAAGCCAAUUAACAAGUUUGACGUUUCUUGCGGUCUUGAACCUUUCGUGGAAUCGUCUCCAUGGACCCAUACCCAGGGGUAAACAAUUUGCUACAUUUGAGAAUGGUUCAUAUGCCGGGAACUUAGGAUUAUGUGGGUUUCCAUUGUCAAAGGAAUGUCAAGAUAAUUGGACAAAAGUACAGCCACAGGUGUUACAACAUGAGGAAGAUGAUUCAGAUUUUGAUGGACAUUUUUGGAAAGUUGUGGUGAUAGGGUUCGGGUGUGGAAUGACACUGGGACUCUUUCUAGGAUCUCUCAUGUUCUUAAUUGGUAGACCUAGAUUCUUUGUCAAACUUGCUGAAAGAAAAUUGCCUAAGAAGGUGAUAAGAUUGAGGAGAAAAAGCUUUAUUGUGGUGACUACUGUUUGCAAUCUAGUCUAUAAGUCUGUGUUAGAUAUCGUUGGAAGACUCGAUGGGAAAAUGACCAAGAAACUGACGAGUUUGGGUGUGGGUGUUUGUUUAGGUGUAUGCAAGAAACUGACGAGUUUGGGUGUGAGCAAGAAACGGACGAGUUUGGGUGUGAGCAAGAAAAUAAGCCGGCCCAAUUCGUAUUACAGUCGGACAACUUCUUGUGGGUGUUUGUUUAGGCAAUUCCAGUCACAAACUCCCAAUACUUGGAACACAAUAGCCAUGAAAACAAAGUGCAAUAAGAUGCAAGAGGCAUUACAUAUAAAGGGUCACGUAAGCAUGGCUCAAAAUUGUCCUGCCAAGCUAAAUGAAAACAGGAAAAAAUCGUUAGUUGGAUGCUACAACAAGUACUGCAAUAACGUCUCGCCCUAUAGAACUCAUGUAGUGGCUGGUGAGAUAUUGGACCCCUGUUUAGAAGGGAAAAAAACACUUCUUCGUUCUUUCUCUCUUGGGACGGAGAUAGCAGUUGGUGGUGCUGUAUGGUGGGGUGUGGUUGCUGUGGUGAUCAAGGUUCCGUUCUAUGGUCUUUACUGUGUCUCGGCUGCCCUUGUCGCAGUGGUGGCGGUGGCAGUGAAGGUCUUGAUCAAAGUUUUUGGGUGUAGACAUGCUGUUUGA